AUGUUUGAGAAUACAGAUUUUAACAAAGAAUCGAGAGAAAUGGAAAACUAUGGUAAUGUUAUAAAGGUUAACACAGUCUUACUCAUAAUUCUUGAAAGGAUGGCAGUUCAUUCAUGGCUCCUGAAGGAAAAGGCAGCUCGCUCACACCUCCUGAAGGGAAAGGCAGCUCACUCACAUCUCCUGAAGGGAAAGGUUACUCAGAAGUACCAACACGACAUCAAUCAGCCCCUCAGAACACAAGAGAACCAACACAUCAAUCAGCCCCUCAGAACACAAGAGAACCAACACAUCAAUCAGCCCCUCAGAACACAAGAGAACCAACACAUCAAUCAGCCCCUCAGAACACAAGAGAACCAACACAUCAACCAGCCCCUCAGAACACAAGAGAACCAACACAUCAAUCAGCCCCUCAGAACACAAGAGAACCAACACAUCAAUCAGCCCCUCAGAACACAAGAGAACCAACACAUCAAUCAGCCCCUCAGAACACAAGAGAACCAACACAUCAAUCAGCCCCUCAGAACACAAGAGAACCAACACAUCAAUCAGCCCCUCAGAACACAAGAGAACCAACACAUCAACCAGCCCCUCAGAACACAAGAGAACCAACACAUCAAUCAGCCCCUCAGAACACAAGAGAACCAACACAUCAACCAGCCCUUCAGAACACAAGAGAACCAACACAUCAAUCAGCCCCUCAGAACACAAGAGAACCAACACAUCAAUCAGCCCCUCAGAACACAAGAGAACCAACACAUCAAUCAGCCCCUCAGAACACAAGAGAACCAACACAUUAACCAGCCCCUCAGAACACAAGAGAACCAACACAUCAAUCAGCCACUCAGAACACAAGAGAACCAACACAUUAACCAGCCCCUCAGAACACAAGAGAACCAACACAUUAACCAGCCCCUCAGAACACAAGAGAACCAACACAUUAACCAGCCCCCCAGAACACAAGAGAACCAACACAUCAACCAGCCCCUCAGAACACAAGAGAACCAACACAUCAACCAGCCCCUCAGAACACAAGAGAACCAACACAUCAAUCAGCCCCUCAGAACACAAGAGAACCCUUUUCUUAGCAAGCUAUACAAACUUGGAAUAGAUAUUGCCCAAAGGAGAUCUGUUGGACACUGA